AUGGAACUUCCAAGUUUCUCCCUCAAGUUCGAUCAUGAGAAGCUACUGCCCCUUGCUAUUAUCAGCACAGGCCUUCUGGUCACAUCUCUUGCGGCCAUAGCCAUCUACCGUAUCUGGUUCCAUCCUCUCUCCAUCUUCCCCGGUCCCAAAUGGCUCGCCAUCUCCAACGUCCCUGAGCGAUACAUGAGCAACAUCUCAGGUACAUGGAUUUGGAGAGUCUCGGGUUUGCACCGCAAGUAUGGUCCCAUUGUACGUAUUGGUCCAAACCGUCUUGCCGUUGAUGGAAGCAUUGGAUGGUUCCAAGUCUAUGCCAUGAGAGGCAAGGAAGAUGAGUUCCCCAAGUAUCCUGAAUACAUCUUUCCUGGGGAUGGCUUGAGUAUCCUUGGUGCCAACCAAGUGAACCAUCGACGCCACAGACGUCAGUUUUGGUCUGCAUUCAACGAUCAAGCCCUUGUCGAGCAAGAAAUUGUCAUCCAGCCAUAUACCGACAUGCUUCUGCAACGUCUUAGCGAGCAAGCCAAGAUCGGAAAGCCUAUCAACAUCGUGGACUGGAUCAACUUUCUCCUCUUCGAUAUCGCUGGCGAGCUGGUCUUUUCCUCACCCUUUGAUUGCCUCGACAAGCAGGAAUACCACCCAUGGGUGGCCAACUUCUUCAGAGCUGUCAAGGGUAAUGCUGUGAAUCGCUUCGUCACGCACUACCCCAUCACAAAACCCAUUGUCAACUUUCUCUUCACCGGCAAGGAGCAGAUCCAGCGUGAGGCUGAUCAGCGAAACAUGACGUUUCAUCACGCCAUGCAACGCAUGAAGCUUGGAGAGCAACCAACCCCAGGUCGUCGUGACUUUAUGAGCUUCUUGAUGCGACGUAACCGUGACGGUGGCGGUCUCUCAGACACUGAGAUCCUUGUCGACUGUCCCGUUCUGAUUGGAGCGUCGAGUGAGACGACCACCACUGCUCUAUCGGGCUUCUUCUUCUAUCUUGGUAUCUCCCCACUGGCUUACAAGAGACUGGUGGAAGAGGUGCGAUCGUCGUUCAAGAGUGAGAGCGAAAUCAACAUGAAGACCACAAAGCAGCUUGAGUACCUCAACGCCACCGUUGACGAAGCAUUGAGAGUGUAUCCCCCUGCUGCCGAGUCGCCUCCCAGAAUUAGUCCCGGUGCCGAGAUUGAUGGCAAAUAUCUUCCCAAAGGAGUCGUUGUUUCGGUCUAUCAAUGGGGAACCUUCCACAACCCCGACAACUUUGCCGACCCGGAUGACUUUAUCCCGGAGCGAUGGCUCCAACCCUCUCACCCUCUGCACAACCCCAAGUAUGACAAUGAUAAUCGCUCAGUAUACCGCCCGUUUGGGUUUGGUAUGAGAGAUUGUCUUGGUAAGAACUUGGCUCAUGCAGAAAUCCGGGUUGUUGUCAGUCGUAUCCUGUACAGAUUCGACUAUGAGUUGGCACCAAACCAGGAGAAUUGGCAUGCCAACCAGAAAUGUUUCAUGGCUUGGGACAAGACUCCGCUUAUUUUGACUUUGAAGCCAAGAGACUUUGCACCUUGA